GGUAGAUGUUGGUACCUCGGGCAAAACUUUAUUCCUAAUAGACGUUCCUAAUCAAAUUGGGACUUUAUUACCUGGGGAGGCAGUAAGAAUAUUGGGGUUGAAGGAUUUCCCCCAGAAAUCCGUUCAUCACUGAUCCUAUUUUGUUCGGCUCAGACACCAUAUCCAGAUAAACAUAGCAGCAGCGCAAAUUCGUUCAGUUCUUUGCACACUUACCGGUAAUCUUCAGACAACUGAAUAUGAGUCGGCCGUCGAUCGACGUCAACGCGAUGACUCGGCAGGUCGUAGUUGACAAUCGAAUUUCGCUGCGCAAUUACUAUCGGAUAGCGGAUAAUAUACUACGGCAGGCAAAUAUAUACCGGGAGGAGAAGAACAUUAUUGAUUUGUAUAUAAUGCUGCUUAGAUAUUCUAGUUUGGUGACUGAAACUAUACCACGUCACAGAGAUUACCAUGUUUUGCAUCCAAAAGAAAAAAUGUCGUCUAGAAAGAAACUAUCGAGAGUGCUAGAUGAGUUGGAGGCUCUAAAGCCAAAAUUCUACCGUCAAUUGAAUGAAUGGGAAAGCCUUCAAGUGACACCUCGACCUUAUCUACCUGAGGGUCCAGAUAUUACUCCAUCUGUAUCAUCAAGGAAAUCUUUAGGGCAACCCUCAUUGGACAAUAACACAUCUUCAGGCUAUGGCAAUAAGUGGGCUGUCAGUAGUGCAGUUUCUUCACGGAAGCAGAGCAAUUAUCAACCUCAAGUUUCAUCUACAAAUUCCAUAAGCUCACACUUCCAAAAGAUGGCUCUCUCUUUACCACUUCCAAAGCAAGAAACACUUUCAAGGCACUCCCUCUUAGGCCCAAAUGGUCUGCGUAGCCAAUGGCUUGGACCUAGUGCUGAGAUAAAGGUGAAUUAUCCAACCAAUAACGAAUUGGCUUCCGAGGAUAUGUCAAGCCUUACGCAGGUUGGACACUAUUCCCCCAAUGUGCUCAAAGGUGCUGACAUAAAAGUGGACAGUCCUACUAUGGAUUCUGUUCUCUCAUUGGAUGAUGGCAGAUGGUUGCAGCCUACAGAGGAUUCUUUGUUGUAUGAUGAUGUGAAAAAUGAUAGUCUUCCAUCAAAUAUUGCUCGGCAACCUUCUCCCCCUCCUGUCCUUGCACAAGUGCAACACGAGCGUCGCCCAAUUUCUCCUUCUAGAGUUGCUGAUCCAAGGCCUGGGCCACUUAAACCAUCUCAAGAUGGGAUGCCUGGUUCUAAUGCUUAUCAAAGUUUACACAUUCCAGUAAAGAUGAUGGAAGAUUUUUUGAGUUUAGCACGAGCUAAUACAGCAAUAAACUUGGAAACUUGUGGUAUUCUUGCUGGCUCACUGAAAAACAGGGUAUUUCAUAUCACUACUCUAAUAAUUCCAAAGCAAGAGUCCACAACAGAUACAUGUCAGACUCUGAAUGAAGAAGAGAUAUUUGAGGUCCAGGACAAGCGAUCUCUCUUUCCUCUAGGAUGGAUUCAUACACAUCCAUCUCAGACAUGUUUUAUGUCAUCAGUUGAUCUGCACACUCAUUAUUCCUAUCAGAUUAUGCUGCCCGAGGCAAUUGCUAUUGUCAUGGCUCCUACUGAUGAAUCCAGUCCUCAUGGUAUUUUUCAUUUGUCUGAUCCCAGUGGUGUAUCUGUAAUUAGAAACUGUCAAGAGCGUGGUUUCCAUCCUCAUGAAGAGCCCGAAGAUGGAAGCCCCAUCUAUGAACAUUGUUCUCAUGUGUAUAUGAAUGCAAACUUGCAAUUUGAUGUAGUAGAUCUUCGAUGACCUCAAAAAUUUUGUUUACUAUCAAAGUUGAGGAGAAACAAACUUGUACAGCCUAUGUAUACAUACACACUGAAUUUGCUGUUUUUACAGUUUCUAAAUUUUAUAGCCUGUUUACUGUAAUUUUUUUAUAUAUAUCUGAGCAGUAUUGAAUUUGUUUAAUUGGUUUCC